ACAGCCAGGAGUACAACAGGUGUAGUGAGAGGGAACUAAACGCUUUGAAAUCGUACAAUUGAGGUGAUGUUUGGAUCAACAAAAACACUGGUUCUCACGGAAAAUUGGUGGACAAUAGCGGGCCUGUAAGGGCAGGGUCACUUGGUGCACAGGUUAGCUAAUGCCAAGAGUCGAAUCAACUCCAAUGAACAACUCGUGUCAGGCCUUGUGCCGCACUUUAGUUACUCAAAAUGGCCUUCAGCCAGAACACGUGGACAUAUCACAGUCUGUACUAUACACGUCCAUCAUGGGACUUCUACUGGUGACGGAUAAGGAGAGGGAGCUUCAGCUGGGCAGUGGACAAGUUGGACUGUGCAACGUUGGAAACACUUGUUUCCUCAAUGCAAUUGUGCAGUGUCUCUCUCAUACUCGUGGUCUUCGAGACUAUUGUCUGAUGAAAGCGUAUCUUCAGGACAAGCAUUCCAACCAAGAGCCUGUGCUUAUGAAUGAAUUCUCCAAAGUUUUGGCUGCUCUGUGGGAAUGUGAUAGUGGAGAUAACACAGUGAACCCUGGGAAGUUUUGCAUUUUUAAAGAGGCAGUACCUCACUUCAGUGGCUACCGUCAACAAGAUGCCCAGGAGUUCUUACGGUUCCUUCUAGACAGACUACAUACAGAAAUCAACCGUUGCCCAUCCCAACGUCCUGCAGUUAUUCCAAAUAAAGAACCAACAUACUCACGAUUCAGGAUAUCAGAGGAGGCUUUUGCCAUGUGGCAGAAACAUCUUGACAGGGAUGACAGUAAGAUUGUUGAUUUGUUCUCAGGUCAGUUGCACAGUUCCCUGCACUGUUCCAUCUGCUCUCAUUACUCCAACACCUUUGACGUGUUUUGCGACUUGUCACUUCCCGUCCCAAAGAAGAGUGAAUAUGGCCGAAUUGUCACACUGAAGGAGUGUUUAGAUCUCUUCUCACAGGAGGAAAAACUUGAUAAGGAAAACUCACCAAUGUGCGAGCGGUGUAAUCGUCGUACUGAGAGCACAAAGACCAUUCAAAGGUUCCCUAGAAUCCUUUAUAAAGACUUAAAUCGAUUUACCAUGUCAAGAUAUUCAAUCUGUAAAAGCUCAGUGACCGUUUCCUUCCCUUUGACCGGGUUGGAUCUGGGACCAUUUGGACCAGUUGACUGCGGUCCAGUGCUGUAUGAUCUGUAUGCAGUGUGCAGUCAUUCAGGAACUGUAAAUAUGGGUCACUACACAGCUGUAUGUCGAGAGGAGGAGGGCUGGUGCUGCUACAAUGACUCAUGUGUAAGUACAAUACAGGAGGAGAAACUUCAGUCCAAUCAGGCUUAUGUUCUCUUCUAUGAACUUAAAAGCUACAGUUUCGGCAGAAAAUGAAGAGAAAGGACAUCUGUUGUUACAGGAGACUUCAAUGAUUAUCAGGCAAAGCUUCAGAUGCCACUAAAACCACUAUGAUUUUGAGAUCAAAAAGACUUUUUGGUAUUUUUAUCAGGUAAUUGUUUUGAUCACUUUAAUCACGUUACUGAUUUAUUUUUUACUAAACCUGAUGUGAUAGUGUAUGUUGUAAAAAAUCUAUAGACAUGUUAUUGCACCAAUAUUAUUUUUGUGAAUAUGUGGAUUUUAUCGAUGUGAUUUAAUUGAGAAAAACAGGGAAAUAAUGUA